AGGUCUGCCUGGCAACUGAGGGUGUGGAAUUGAGUGGAUGCUAAGGAUCCCAUCCUAUAAUGUCAAAGAGGCGUCCAUCUUCUCAGCUGAAUCAUGAUAAUUGGGAUCAGGAAGAGGAGCCUGAAGAAAUAGGACAAUACACACCUCUGAGUGUCAAGGAAUUGCAGGCUAGUGGACGAGUUGUGAAAAGGGCGAAAAGAAGGCUCAAGGGCCCCGAUUCAUCUGAGCAUUUCGACAAUGACAUCCCCCGUCCAAAUCCCUUUGCGGGCUUUGCUGGUUUCUCCUCUAUCACAGCUGAGAAUCGUCCAAGUUUUGAUUUCUUUGGAAAGUCAGAACCUCUGGGAGAAGGUGAAGGACAAGGAAGAUUUGGACAAAUAGGAGGAUCAAGAGGAUUAGGAGGUGUGAGUGAUUCUGCUAGAAAUGAAAAGAAGCAUACGGUUGUUUCAUUAGCAUCCUUUGGAAAUAACAGUGGAAUCUCAAGUUCCAAGGCUUCUUCAUCUUUGAUUGAUGGCAAGAGCUUCAAAAGUUCUGUCAAUGUAGGUGCUUUGGGCUCAACUUUUAUGCAGACUUCUGCUUCAUUGAUUCCCAAGCCCUCUACAAGCUUGUCAACCACAAAGUUGGAUUUCAGUCAGUCAGGGAUGACAACAAGGACAAUUUUGAGUCAGUCUGGCUCAAAGCCCUCCAACAAGGCUGAAGAUUUUCCAUUGCCUCCUAUCAUCCCUAUUCCUGUAUCAGGGAGUCACCUCACAGCAGACAGAGAUGACAAAUGCACCACUCAUGAUGAGAGUAAUGCAGAUGUCUCAAUAAAGCGAUCUAAAAUGGGAGGAAAACUCCCUCGUAUUAUGCUCCCUGAAGAAUCAGCUAUGGAGAGUAGCAGUAGCAGCAGGCAAGAGAGCCCUGACGAGAUGUCACAUUAUAAAAGAGAGCAACGGUACAAAAAAAGGGUGAAGAGCCUGAAUGCCAGCUUCUUGAAAUGGAUCUCACCCUACAUGGAGAAAUUCCCCUGCUGCAUCCUAUCACCUGUCUUUGAUAGCUACAAUCGCCAUCUGCGGGAAAUUGAGGAGGCAUUCCCUGAAUUCAGCACUUCACGAAUAUGGGAAAAAGAAAUGUCAACCAGCUUGCAAGCCAGAAGUACUCCUUGUCCAGAAACUCCUUCAAAUAAUGCAAAUCAUCCAAAAGAGAAGCCAUCAUCAACUGAGAUGCCUGUAAUUGUUUCAGUUGAGAGUCUGACUCAGAAGAAAGCAAGUCAGGCACGAGACCCAAGCCUCUCUAAGCCAACUGAAUCCAAACUUUCUAAUGAAGGAGGAAGCAGUGCUUCACCUGAGUACAGUUUUCACUCUGUUCCAACAACUAAGGUCCCAUUCAGUUUUGAGACUGCAAAAGCUGACACAAAACUUCUAUUCUCAUUUGGCAGCUCACCUGCUCCUAGUUCUGCCAGGAAGGCACUGUACCAGUUUGGCAGCAGCUCUACGAAAUCUGCAGAAUUAAGCUCUCCUGUCUCUGAAUCUUCUCAAGUGAAUAACAUUUCUCAACCAACUAACAAGCUGCCUCCUUUUUCAUUUGCUCCUGCAAAACCAACAGCACCUAUGACUGCAAUUGUAGCAGAGAAGACAAGCAGAAAUGAGGGAAAUAGCAAACCACCUGCAUUCUUCACACUAGGGUCAUCUGAUAAGCCACCAGAGGUGAAGGGUGACGCACCAUUCAUGAAAGAGGCAGAGGGGAAGUCAAUGUCUAAGAUUCCGGUGCCAGAAUUUGCUGGAGAGAAGAAGGGAUUUCCUUUCCCACUAACCUCUUUGAGUGGAAAGCCUCAGUUAUCAUUUGGAACUGGAUCAUCUGCCACUGUGACAACUUCUAGUGAGAGGCCAGUGUUCUCCUUUGGGAAGCCUUCCUCAGCUUCCACAGCUUUGAAUGCCAAGCCUUCAGAAAGUCAUGGGACAGUGAAUACUCAGCCAUUAAUAUCUUUCAGACCAAAUCCAACUGUGACCAUAUCAGGUGACAAGGCCACAUUAUCUUCUGAGCCUGUGACUGUUUCGGCCUCAAGUGACAAGCCAUUCUUCACCUUUGGAUCAUCAACAGUGGUCACAACUUCUAGUGAGAAGCCCUCAUUUUCCUUUGGUACUGGGGCAUCAACAACAUUUGGAAGUGCCAAACCUGGUCUAAGCAUGGGAGGUGCUGGGAUCUUUGGGGCUCCUUCAAGUGUAGGUUUCCCAUCCACUGGUCCCUUUGGAAGCAGUAAGGGAUCUACUGUAGAGACUACUGGGUUCAGAUUCUUUGGUUCCUCCAAGCCUACAGAUUCCUCUUCAGGAAAUCCCCCUACCUUAGAUGGACCAGCAGGUGCAAAUCACAAGAGUGGAGUGACAAACGAGGGAACAGGAGAUGAUGAAAACUACGAACCACCAAAACCAGAUGUGCAUGAGGUGGUGGAGUCAGAUGCUUUCUUCUCCAAGAAGUGCAAACUGUUCUACAAGAAGGAUGAGCAGUUCAAGAACAAAGGUGUGGGGAUGCUGCAUCUGAAGCGUUUGGAAGAUGAGAAGGUCCAGCUACUUGUGAGAGCUGACACGAACCUUGGGAACAUCCUGCUCAACAUCAGAGUGGAUGAUUCCAUGACGUUCAAGAAAUUCAAGAAUAACAAUGUCUUAAUCAUUUGUGUUCCCAAUCCUCCAUUGAGUCCCAACCCCAGCAACAAACCAGUGUCGUUCCUUGUCCGUGUGAAGUCUGAGGUCGAUGCUGAGGAACUUGUUGACAUGCUUGAAAAGUCCCGAAAUUCUACCAUGGAGGAUGAAGACCAGUGUGAAGAGAAGCCAGAAGUACCAGAGUUUCGACUGGAAUUGUUUGGUCUUCACCGAGUAGGAGAACCACCUCCCAAUCCCAAAUCUCAGGUCCCCUUGAAUCGUCGUGGAACGAGAAGCCUCUUCACCAACUCCUCACCAAGAAAACGAAUAUUACCUGACCUGGAUGCCUGCAGUGAUAGAAGGGUUAUUCAGAACAUUGGAAGUAGAUUGAGGAACCUGCUAAAGCUUCCUAAAGCUCAUAGAUGGGUUUACUUUGAAUGGUUUUACAGCAACAUUGAUGAGACCCUCUUCUCAGGAGAGAAUGAUUUCCAGAUAUGUCUAAGAGAAUCCUUUCCUGCCCUAAAGACUCGGCUGCUAACACGAGUUGAAUGGUGCAAGAUCAAACGGAUGAUGGGGAAGCCAAGAAGGUGCUCCCAGGCAUUCUUCAAAGAAGAAAGAGACUUCUUGUCUCGAAAGAGAGCUAAACUUCGUCAGUUGCAGCAGGGAGAAUUGUGGGAUAUUGACAAAGUGAGAGAUCAGCUUCCGGAUGAAAUCCCUCUGCCACUUACUGUUGGUCAGUCGGUGACAGCAAGGCUGCGGAAGCCCAUCAAUGAUGGCCUCUUUACUGGCACUGUCCAGGCUGUGGACACAUUCAAUAACACCUAUCGGAUUUCAUUUGAUCGAGCAGACAUUGGAACCCAUUCUGUCCCUGACUAUGAAGUCAUGUCCAAUGGCUUGGUGGAGACAAUCACUUUCAAUAGCUUCAUUGCCAACAUGCGAGUCCAGCACAAAUCACCAUGGUGGACACCUGUGAAACAUGGUCAACACAUGGCAGGCACCUCCUUGACUCCUGGUGCCUCUGUUGAUGGUUCUCCUCAACUUGCCAAUGACCCCAUUUUGGGCAAUUCCUCCAUUCCCCUGAAAGCCAGACUACUGGAAGGAAGUCUUGGCUUCCCUGUCUGCUUCCUUGUUCACAUUGUGAGACUUCAGAAGAUUUUGGCUCUGAAGAAGGAAAAAGUGGGAGUUCUGAAGACAAUGAACACAGAAGCAGAGAAGUGUCGUUCUUAUGGAUACCAAGUGUCCCGUGACUUCAAGAGACGAUAUGCCACUGUCGUUCUGGACCUAGAGAAACUCAACAAAGAUCUGAAUCGCUUCCUACUUGAGGUCCAGGAAUUCUGUCAGGAGUGGGCUCCUGAGCACUUUCAUUCUGCACCAUCAAGUCAUUUCAAGGAACUUUGCAAUGAUCAGGCCCGCCUUUUAGUCACAUCAUACAACAAUCGAGGAGAGUCAUCUGCCACCUCACAUGUGAAGAAACAGGAAGCCCUGGAUCUCAUCAUUGGCCUCACUUCUCUUCUCAUUCAAGUCAAGUCUCUGGCAGAGAAUGACAUGAAUUCAUAUGAGCUUGGAAGCCUGACUGACACAAUGGAGGACCUGCAGAAAGAACUGCAUGAGGAAAAUUCGAAAAAAUUCCAGGAUGAGGUUGAAGUUCACCUGAGACACUUCCAGGCUGGCCUGGCUCAUACAACUCGACAGAGAUCUAAACAGACGGUCAAGGCCUAUGAUGUGAGUGACAGCGAGAUGCUAGAUCGUUUAAGCAUAUACAGUGAUCAGUGCAGCCCCGGCCGUGAGGAUAAGAUCGAAAGGUGUGACCGAGACGAGAAAUGUACGUCCGUGGCCAAGCUCACCGAGCGAUUCGAGCAAAUCGGCCUGGCCGAUACGUACAAAAACAACGACAUCGGUACGGAUGUUUCCAAGCCCUCGCCGAACCCCCCGCCUAGACGAAGCAAGGCGUGGAGACGAGAGAAUGGGGAAGGUCAAAGCAACAACGACGGAAGUACUUUCAUCGAGGAACUCAUCCUCAACAGUCCCCUUCCCGAAGGACCCCCGCCGAAGAAACCCCCGAGGACUUUCCAAUACGAAAAGAGGUUUGCGUCAUCGGAACCGGAAGAGAACGGUGGGUUCGAGAGGAAGGGCAGACCGAGAAGGAAGAGGCUUCCCCAACCGCCGUGCAUGAUAACGCGGCCGAACUUCCCCCCGCCGUCCCCGCCGACCGAGGACGGGGAGGAAUCCUCGCAGAGGAUGAGCCUCAGCGUAGAAAACCUCCACGUCUUGGGCGUCCGGGACUCGCAAGGGAUCGGCAACGAGGACGCCCGUUCGGACCGCGAUGGAGUCGUUCUCCCGUCGCAGGAUUCUUUCCAGGGACUCCGGCGGCAUUCGUUCCAGAAGGAGAAGGCCGAAUUCGAUCUGCGUCACAUG